AUGUCUGAUGAUGAAGAGAACAAAGCUCUGGUAUGUGAUAAUUCAUACCUGGUGAACACUGGGUUUGCAGGAGAUAAUGCACUACGAGCCACAUUUCCCUCCGCUGGUCGCCCAGGUCACAAGGGCGUCAUGGUUGUUAUGCACCAGAACGACUCCUAUGUCUAAGAUGAAGCCCAUAGCAGAAAAAGCGCCCUGAUAUUGAAGUAUUCUAUCGAGCACAGCAUCAUCACAAACUGGGACGAAACGGAGAAGACCUGGCUGCGGGUCUCCCCUGAGGAGCAUCUCACCCGGCAGACAGAAACGCCCCUCAACCCAAAAGCCAACAGUGAAAAGAUGACUCAGAUCAGGUUUGAGACUUUCAAUGCCCCAGUAAUGUAUAUCGCUCUAAACAUCUGGGCAUACCACUGGUAUGAUGGAGUCUUCAGCUUUGUUGCUAAAUGUACCCGUCCGUUUCGCUUCACAGACAUAGAAUCUGCUGACAUUCACAAAACGACCCACAACAGCAUCAUGAAGUGCAACAUCGACAUCCGUAAAGACCUGUCCUCGUGGGAGAUCACUGCUGUGACCCCCAGCAUCAUGAAGAUAAAGGAUGACUCUUUGUUAGUUGGUGGCUUCAUCCUUGCCCCUCUGUCCACCUUCCAGCAGACAUGGAUCAGUAAGGUGGAGUAUGACGAGGCUGGACCCGCAAUAAGUGGAAACAACAGCUCUGCCAUCCGGGCCAACAGCCUGCGACUUAGGGAGGGAUACCUCUGGGCAGAAAAGGAGGCUGUUCUCUCCCAGAAAGAGAGGAUAGGCUCCAUUUAG